AUGUCGUCGCCUGCCUCCCGUUCGCCGGACAUAUGUUCCAGAAGUCCGGGCACUUCUCCAGCAGCAGUCUCUCAGUUUCCUUCAUCCCCGUCCAGACAUGCUUCAAUAGCACGAUUGUCGUCUCCAGUACCCUCGUAUCGUCUCAACACUCCUCCGGUCCAGCAAGUUCCUAUCUCUCAACAGAACACCGCCGACCCAACCGGCUCUACCCUUCCUAAAAUUGAUAAUGCUGCUUCUUUGCCGAAGCCAGGUCCAUCUGCCUUGUCUACGGCUCUUGCCGGUAGUUCAAGCAGAACUCCUCCCCGAACUCAAACACCUCCGGUCCCUUCGGUCGACAACGCUCUGAGACAGCCCUUGUUGAAUGCAUCUGCCGGAUUGGGAAGCCAUGACAGAAGCAAUUAUGGUUCCUUUGAUACACGGGAAAUGGCCGGGAGUCCAGCACCCACAGAAGAUCCAGAAGUGGUAAAGAGACAUCUCGUUCAACCCGAUCAAGGCUCAGGCCGGUAUGGGAGGUCGCUCCGCUUGGAUCUGAACGAACCAGGCGAUGGUUUGGGACCAGAUGAAUUCUCCAGUCUUCGUUUACAAGGGGGCGACAUGACGCGUGCUGUAUACCGAUGGGCUGAAGAACAGGAAGGAAACCAACCCGGUCGGACACAGCGAAGUAAGAGUUUCAGCGUUGCACGCCCCGAACCCGAAAGCGAGGUCCUGGACAUCCAGAAUAUUCGAGUACCUGGUGGGUUCCGUCGCAAUUUCCUACGUAGAGCUGCCGAGAGUCCUGAUCCUUCCGGACGACCACGGGACGUUGAUGGAGCUGUCGUCAAAGGUCAAGACAGUCAUGUUUCCGUCGCCAAACCCAGGCCACAGCUAUUUACGAACAAUUUUCUUGAGUUUCUAACCCUGUACGGUCACUUCGCUGGUGAAGACUUGGAAGAGGACGACGAAGUCUUGGAACCAGAUGAGUAUUUCUCUUCCGAUGCUUGGGACGAGGGAAGUGACCGGGAACCGGGAGAGGACAGCGUCCUUCUCACCCCCGGGUCGCCGGGACUGCGCAGAAGGAAGCAUAAGGAGAGGGCACCGAGUGGCAACAAUAGCAGCUUCAAUGCAGCUCUCCUACUCCUCAAAUCUUUCGUCGGCACUGGAGUCCUCUUCCUGCCUCGAGCCUUUCUGAACGGAGGCAUGCUAUUCUCUUCCCUCGUCCUCCUGGGUGUUGCCGUGCUUAGUUUUCACUGCUUCAUCCUCCUCGUCAACACCCGCAACAAGAUCGAAGCAUCAUUCGGUGAAAUCGGUGGCAUUUUGUAUGGGAAAUGGAUGCGAGCUUUGAUUCUAUUCUCCAUUGUCCUGAGCCAGAUUGGCUUUGUAUCCGCUUACAUUGUUUUCACAUCCGAGAACUUGCAAGCCUUCGUCCUGGCCGUCUCCAAGUGCAAGAGUUUCAUCGACAUCAAAUUCAUGGUCCUGAUGCAACUGAUCAUCUUCCUUCCGCUGAGUUUGAUCCGAGACAUCAGCAAACUCGGUUUUACGGCUCUCGUUGCUGAUGCUUUCAUCAUGCUGGGACUCCUUUAUCUGUACUACUUUGACAUCGCUACGAUUGUGGACAAUGGUGGUAUAUCCGAUAUUACUCUGUUUAACCCAUCGACCUGGACGCUCUUUAUCGGCACGGCGAUCUUCACAUUCGAGGGCGUGGGUCUGAUCAUUCCCAUCCAAGAGUCCAUGAAAAUGCCCCGGAGGUUCCCGGGCGUCCUUGCCAUCGUCAUGGUCACCAUUACGGUUUUGUUCACCUCCAUUGGAGCACUCUCGUACGCAGCAUACGGAUCCAAGACCAAAACCGUGGUCAUUCUCAAUCUCCCCCAAAACAGCAAAUUGGUCAAUGCGGUACAGUUUCUAUAUUCUCUCGCCAUCCUGCUGAGCACACCGCUCCAACUCUUCCCUGCCAUCCGUAUUAUGGAGAACGAACUGUUUAGCCGCUCUGGAAAAUACAACCCGUACAUUAAGUGGCAAAAGAACGUCUUCCGUUUCUUCUUGGUCGUCCUUUGUGCGCUUAUUGCGUGGGGCGGCGCGGGGGAUCUGGACAAGUUUGUCUCGCUGGUGGGAAGUUUUGCAUGUGUCCCUCUUGUAUAUGUGUACCCGCCCAUGCUGCAUCUAAAGGCGGUAGCAACAGGUCCAUGGGAAAGGGGUGUGGACUAUGCGGUUUGUGUUCUUGGAUGUGUUGGCUGCGUCUAUACGACCGUAUUGACCGUGCAACAGUGGGCCGGUGAUAAUUCGGGCAAGGCUCCUGGAUACUGUGAUUCAUGA